AUGAGGCCGCGGCCUGAAGGCCGGGGGCUCCGGGCGGGAGCCGCGCUCUCGCCCGCGCUGCUGCUGCUGCUGCUGCUGCUGUUGCUGCCGCCGCCGCCGCCGCCGCUGCUGGGAGCCCUGUGGGCGGCGGGCACGCCUGCGCCGUCGGUGCAGGACGGCGCGCCCGGCGCUGGCCGCGUGAAGCGCGGCUGGGUGUGGAACCAGUUCUUCGUGGUGGAGGAGUACACGGGCACCGAGCCCCUGUACGUGGGCAAGAUCCACUCGGACUCAGACGAGGGUGACGGGGCCAUCAAGUACACCAUCUCGGGCGAGGGCGCUGGGACCAUCUUCCUGAUCGACGAGCUGACGGGCGACAUCCAUGCCAUGGAGCGCCUGGACCGGGAACAGAAGACCUUCUACACACUGCGGGCUCAGGCUCGGGACCGUGCCACCAACCGCCUGCUGGAGCCCGAGUCAGAGUUCAUCAUCAAGGUGCAGGACAUCAACGACAGCGAGCCCCGCUUCCUGCAUGGCCCCUACAUUGGCAGCGUGGCUGAGCUCUCACCCACAGGCACAUCGGUGAUGCAGGUGAUGGCCUCGGAUGCGGAUGACCCCACGUAUGGCAGCAGCGCUCGACUGGUGUACAGCGUGCUGGAUGGCGAGCAUCACUUCACUGUGGACCCCAAGACCGGUGUGAUCCGGACGGCUGUGCCCGACCUUGACCGCGAGAGCCAGGAGCGCUACGAGGUGGUGAUCCAGGCCACAGACAUGGCGGGCCAGCUGGGUGGCCUCUCCGGCUCCACGACCGUCACCAUUGUGGUCACUGAUGUCAACGACAACCCACCCCGCUUCCCGCAGAAGAUGUACCAGUUCAGCAUUCAGGAGUCGGCCCCCAUCGGCACGGCCGUGGGACGCGUGAAGGCCGAGGACUCAGACGUGGGCGAAAACACAGACAUGACUUACCACCUCAGGGAGGAGAGCGGCAGCGGCGGGCACGUAUUCAAGGUCAUCACAGACAGCGACACGCAGGAGGCCAUCAUCGUAGUGCAGAAGCGCCUGGACUUCGAGUCCCAGCCGGUGCACACCGUGGUCCUGGAGGCCCUCAACAAGUUCGUGGACCCCCGCUUCGCCGACCUGGGCACGUUCCGCGACCAGGCUAUCGUGCGCGUGGCCGUGAUCGACGUGGACGAGCCCCCCGAGUUCCGGCCGCCCUCCGGCCUCCUGGAGGUACAGGAGGACGCGCAGGUGGGCUCCCUGGUCGGCGUGGUGACGGCGCGGGACCCCGACGCCGCCAACCGGCCCGUCCGGUACGCCAUCGACCGCGAAUCAGAUUUGGACCAGAUCUUUGAUAUCGAUGCGGACACGGGUGCCAUCGUCACCGGCAAGGGGCUGGACCGAGAGACGGCAGGCUGGCACAACAUCACAGUGCUGGCCAUGGAGGCUGACAAUCACGCCCAGCUCUCCCGGGCAUCCCUGAGGAUCCGAAUCCUGGAUGUGAACGACAAUCCCCCGGAGCUGGCCACACCCUACGAGGCAGCCGUGUGUGAGGAUGCCAAGCCAGGCCAGCUCAUCCAGACCAUCAGCGUGGUGGACAGAGACGAGCCCCAGAGUGGGCAUCGCUUCUAUUUCCGCCUGGUGCCUGAAGCUCCCAGCAACCCCCAUUUCUCCCUGCUAGACAUCCAAGACAACACGGCCGCGGUGCACACGCAGCACAUGGGCUUCAAUCGGCAGGAGCAGGACGUGUUCCUCCUGCCCAUCCUGGUGGUGGACAGCGGGCCUCCCACGCUGAGCAGCACGGGGACCCUGACCAUCCGCAUCUGCGGCUGCGACAGCUCGGGCGCCAUCCAGUCCUGCAACACCACGGCCUUCGUCAUGGCCGCCUCCCUCAGCCCCGGCGCCCUCAUCGCCCUCCUGGUCUGUGUCCUCAUCCUGGUCGUGCUGGUGCUGCUGAUCCUCACCCUCAGGCGCCACCACAAGAGCCAGCUCAGCCCGGACGAGGACGAGGACAUGCGCGACAACGUCAUCAAGUACAACGACGAGGGCGGCGGCGAGCAGGACACCGAGGCCUACGACAUGUCGGCGCUGCGGAGCCUCUACGACUUCGGCGAGCUCAAGGGCGGCGGCGGCGGCGGCGGCGGCGAGGGCCCCGCAGGGAGCGCGGGGAGCCCCCCGCAGGCGGGCCUGCCCUCGGAGCGCCACUCGCUGCCGCAGGGGCCGCCGAGCCCCGAGCCGGACUUCUCGGUGUUCAGGGACUUCAUCAGCCGCAAAGUGGCGCUGGCGGACGGGGACCCGUCGGUGCCGCCCUACGACGCCUUCCAGACCUACGCCUUCGAGGGCGCGGACUCGCCGGCCGCCUCGCUCAGCUCGCUGCACAGCGGCGGCUCGUCGGGCUCCGAGCAGGACUUCGCCUAUCUCAGCGGCUGGGGCCCCCGCUUCCGGCCCCUGGCCGCCCUCUACGCCGGCCACCGCCCGGACGACGAGGCCCCGGCCUCCUAG